AUGAGCCUGGAACUGUUGUCCACCUUCUUGCCAUCCCACGGCGAGGCCACCAAGGGAGGAGGCUGGGUUGGACCAGCCUUUACAACCCCAGGUGCCUCAGCCCGCAGCCCAGAUCCAUCGUCCAUCCUCUGGGCCUUUGACACCUACUACUGCUGGGGGCUGGGAGACCAGCGGUCAGAGUUAUCCAAGAAGGGACUUUGCUCGCCUUCAAAUGCAGAUACUUACCAUCCUCUCAUUUCCCAUAGAGGUGGCCUCAGUAACAUGCUGUUCCAGUGCUCCUUACCCGACACUGUGGCCACCGUUGGUGACGAGCCUCGGAAAGUGCUCCUGCGGCUGUACGGCGCGAUUUUAAAGAUGAGGUCCUGUAAUAAGGAGGGAUCCGAACAAGCUCAGAAUGAAAAUGAAUUUCAAGGGGCUGAGGCCAUGGUUCUGGAGAGCGUGAUGUUCGCCAUUCUUGCAGAGAGGUCUCUGGGGCCGAAGCUCUAUGGCAUCUUUCCGCAAGGCCGCCUGGAGGAGUUUAUUCCGAGCCGGCGAUUAGAGACUGAAGAAUUAAGUUUGCCAGAUAUUUCUGCAGAAAUAGCUGAGAAAAUGGCCACAUUUCAUGGUAUGAAAAUGCCAUUCAAUAAGGAACCGAAAUGGCUUUUUGGAACAAUGGAAAAGUACCUAAAUCAAGUGCUGAGAGUUAAGUUUACCGAGGAGGCCAAAGUGAAGCAGCUCCACAGGUUCCUCAGUUACAACCUGCCUUUGGAACUGGAAAACCUGAGAUCAUUGCUUGAAUCCACUCCAUCUCCAGUUGUAUUUUGUCAUAAUGACUGUCAAGAAGGUAACGUCUUACUGCUGGAAGGGAGAGAGAAUUCUGAGAAGCAGAGACUGAUGCUCAUCGACUUUGAGUACAGCAGUUAUAAUUACAGGGGAUUCGACAUUGCAAACCAUUUCUGUGAGUGGAUGUAUGAUUAUUCCUAUGAGAAGUACCCCUUUUUCAGAGCAAACAUCCUUAAGUUCCCCACCAGGAAGCAGCAGCUCCAUUUUAUUUCCAGUUACUUGGCUGCAUUCCCAAAUGAAUUUGAAAACCUCAGUAAUGAAGAAAAGUUCAUUAUAGAAGAAGAAAUGCUGAUUGAAAUCAACAGAUUUGCCCUGGCCUCUCACUUCUUCUGGGCACUUUGGUCCAUCAUACAGGCCAAGAUUUCAUCGAUCGAGUUUGGCUACAUGGACUAUGCCCAAGCGAGGUUUGAUGCCUAUUUCCACCAGAAGAGGAAGCUAGGGGUGUGACUGCGGGAGGACUUCAUACACUCCAUCCCUGGACUGCGUGGGGCAGCCGAGCCAGUGGGACCCUCUGCUCCGACCACUGUCCCUGCGGCAAGAAGCUGGGAUGGCUCACCGCCGCACACAGAUGUGUAUGAUAUGAAAGACUAUUAAAAUUGAGUAACAUUUAUUUCAUAUCUUGUUUACGAUUUCCUUAGGCCUCUGACAUGAGCUCCGGCAGCAGAAACAGUUUCGUAGUGCAAUAGUGAGAUAGCUCAGAUUCCUGUAGUCCAGAGCCGGCCUGAAGCUUGCUUGGACGUGCACACAGCCAGCACGUCACCACGGCACUUCCGGUUAAUGUUGAUUUUUUUACAGGACUUUAAUUACCCUGCUGGUGAGCACUGUACCUGGCUCUCUGUAGGUAACAAUGUGUGUAGACACUGCUCAUUCCUGAGAGUGGCAAGAGACAGGACAGACUGUGAUGUUGCCCGUGGCCUGCCCACAAGUCUCCGGAAGCUGCUCCUUCACCCUUUUGUCCAAAUGGCUAAUGCUCCAGAAAGCAGACUGCGCACAGUGGGUGCAAGCUGCUGUCUCCGUGUGAUGACUGUAGCUCCCGGGACCUGCCGUGUGUUCUGUUGUCUGGACAAAUCUCUCCCUAAUGGGGUGUAACCUCUGCCAUGCUCCCCUCACUGAAUGUACUUUAUUAACCCUGGCUCAGAGCCAGUGGCAGACCAGGGCCGCAUGGGGGUGUGCAGACCCGUGCCUCCUGCCUGCUUCCCCAGGGGCAGCAGGGCUUUGUCUCCUCCCUGCAGCCUUUUCUCCUCGACUGUCCGGCCUGGAGCUGGCGGUUCUAUGGCAGGACUGGCUGCCCCAGGGCCCCUUGAGAGGAACAGAAAACCCUGGCCAGGGCUCUCGGUGGCUGGCUCUCCCCGCCCUCACUGCUCCCUGACGCCCCCGAUGUCAUCCUGGUGGGACCAGCAGCCUGUAUGUGACAUGUAGGGGUGUGGGUAGAAUAUAGCUGUGAAAUUCAUAUAUGUUAAAAUAUCCUUUGGGAUAAAAUUUUUUUUAACCUGAACUCUUAUUUGAAUUGUUUCUGUACAUACAUUUCUGCUACCAGAGAUUGUACUAUACAAACAAUAAAAAAAUAAAAGCCCAUCUUCGGCUGUCA